UCAAUUCAUCAUCAUCAUCAUUAUCAUCUUCCAAGGUCAAAUGGCCAAUGAAAAUUCAACACAACAGCCUUCUUCACCAUUUGAUCCGAAUAAAAAUAACCUUUUGAGCUUUCUGGAUUUUUCCGUAGUCAAAUCAUGGGAUGAUGUUAAGACAAAAUUCCACCAACAAAUGGUCAAUGGAAAACUUUUCAAGAAAAAUUUUGGAGUCUGCAUUGGCUUUGAUGAGAGAUCUAAACAUUUUGCCUAUGAACUGUUUGAUGUACUGUCAAAGAGAAAAAAAAUAAAGCCUGACGAUGGGAUUACUCUGCAACAAUUGAAAGAGUUUUGGGAUGAACUGAAACGGGAUGAUCAGGAAACUAGGCUUGCCAUUUUCUUUGACUUGUGUGACUUGAAUGAUGACGAUAAGAUCUCAAAGGAAGAGAUUGAGACCAUACUGAAGUGGACUGCUUCUGCAAACAAUUUGAAAAGUAUUGAAAACCAAAUUGAAAACUACGCAUCUCUGAUCAUAAAAGAGUUUGAUCCAGACGGCAAUGGUUCCAUUGAGAAAAAGCACUUGAAACUUCUAGUCAAAGAACUAAGCAAAUCUAAAGAGGCCAACGUGUUGAAGGGGGAAGUUGAUGAUGAAGUAUCACUUUGGCCAGAUGUUUGCACUCUUGUAAGAGAAACAUUAGAAGUGAUAAAACAGAACAGAAAACAAAUCUGGUUUUCAACCCUGUGGUUAGCCAUAAAUGUGAGUCUGUUUAUUUGGAAAUUCAAUGAAUACAAGGAGAAGAAGCCAUUUGAUUAUGAACUAAUAAACUAUUGCACUGGUAUAGCAAAAGGAGCAGCUGAGACUCUGAAAUUCAAUAUGGGUUUAAUUCUGUUUCUUGCUUGUAGACGUUCACUAACAACACUUAAAUCCACAUUUCUCAGCUCCAUAUUCCCAUUUGAUGAUCAUAUUUUCUUUCACAUGAUGGUUGGUUUAGCCAUUUCAAUAGCCACUUUUAUCCAUAUGGCUAUGCAUUUGGGAUGUGGGUUUCCGUUAUUGUCAACAUUAUCUUUAAGCUACAAGCUCAAGGGAAUUAUUGAGCCAAGUUUUGAUCACUCCAAGAAACCAAGUAAUUUUGAUUUGAUUAGUGUUCCUGGUGUUACUGGAAUCCUCAUGUUCAGUAUAAUGUCCUGCGCCUUCAUACUUGGAAUUCAUUGUCUUAGGAAAAGUAGUAGGGGUACAAGGGAAUCCUGUUACCAUAUAAUAGGUUUCAAUGCCUUCUGGUAUGCACAUCGUUUGCUUUUUCUUGUCUAUCCCUUGCUGAUUCUUCAUGGCUACUUCGACUCGCUAGCUUCCGACUGGUUGAACAGAACGACAUGGAAGUACGUUGCAAUCCCGAUGCUUGUAUAUACAAGCGAGGGAAUUUAUACAAUAAUCAAGAAACAAAUAUAUGAAGUAAAAGUACUGAAGGCAACGGUAUAUAGUAAAAAUGAUCUAGUAGCACUACGUUUGGAAAAACCUAAAAGAUUCAAGUACGAAAGUGGGAGUUAUGUGUAUGUGAAUUGCGAGGAUAUAGCAGCAUGUGAAUGGCAUCCAUUUUCUAUCACUUCUGCACCAGACGAUGAGUAUUUAAGUCUUCAUAUACGUAAUGCAGGAGAUUGGACAGAAAAGUUAGUAGAAAGAUUUGGAAAGGCAGUUGAAGGAGGAAAAAUUACAAAAAUCGGUGGAAUACACAGACAAGAAAAUAUAAAUGAUUCUAAGUGGGAAUCCGGUGAGAAAUAUCCAAAGAUUUUAAUAAAAGGACCAUAUGGAGCGGUAACGCAAGAUUAUAAAAAGUACAAGGUUCUCUUGCUCAUAGGCUUUGGAACAGGGGCCACCCCAAUGAUUAGCAUCUUGAAAGAUAUAUUAAACCAAAUCAAAACACAUGAAAAAGAAAAGUCAACAGAUGAAAAUGGUGAAUCAAAAUUUAAGAAGGCUUAUUUUUAUUGGAUAACACGAACGGAAGAAUCAUUUGAAUGGUUUAAAGGGGUCAUGAAUGAUGUGGCCGAACAUGAUAACGGAAGAGUAAUUGAAAUGAACAACCAUUUAAGUAGCAUCAAAAGGGAAGGAGAUCCACGAUCCGUCUUCGUCACCAUUUUGCAAAAUAUACAAACUAAAAUUGAGGAAAUUGAUUUCAUCUCUCGAAGUCGGAUAAGGGCUCGCCAUGGAAAACCAGAUUGGGAAACUGUUUUCUUAAAAUUGAAAAAGGAACACAGUGGUAAGAUAGGUGUAUUCUUUUGUGGAGACUCCAGUUUUAAUGAAGUAGCUAUUAAAUGCAGAAAACAUAGCGAUGAUUCUACACAAUUUGAGUACCAUCAUGAAGGCACUUAGCAACAUUGAAUUCUCUCACGACAAACCUUCAUAAACACAAAUUACUAUUAAAUAAAAAUGGAUUUUUUCUUAAUAUAAAAGAAAAAAUAAAUGUGUCCAUAUGUAUGUAUUGUAUAACUAUUAUAUAUAUAUAAAAAUAUAAUAAUAAAAUAUCAUAUGUUCUUC